AUGACUAAAAAUCCCUACCCCGUACUCGCGCCCCGCGGCCAAAUCCCCGUCACGCAUCUCCCACACCUUACACCAUCACUUACACCACGAAUCUCACUCACUCAGCGUAUAUUAACGCCGCUUAUUGUAUGUGCGACAUUGGUUACUCUACUGCUGUGCGUAGUUGCGGGUAUUGUCUUGACAGUUAAGAUCUUUGGGAAUGGGCAUGCGCUUGCGCUUGUAUUGAGAGUUGGGACAGGGUUUGUGGUUGUUGGGUCCUCACUCACUCUCAUCUAUCUCAUCCUACAUUUUUCCGCCAGUAUUCAAAACAAUCCCGUAGGUUUUGUGCGUCCUCCAGAGUUGAAACUGCACGCGUGUAGCUUCAUUACUGCGCGCGUUACACUUGUCUCGUGGAUGCUAUCGAUCAUCGUAUCUAGCGUCGUUGUGUCGAAAUCGAAAGUGUGUGUUCCAGGAACGACGGAUUGUAAGGUACAGAUUGGAGGGUUGGUUUUGAGCUGUAUUGGGCUCGUAGCAACAGGAAUCAUCCUCACCGCUCUCGAAGCUUGUCAAUACCCCUUCCAACUCCCGGGCCGUCCCAACCUUCUCCAAGAAGUAGAAAUCAACUGUCGAGUUUCUUCCUUCGACGACGAUCUCGUAGAUAGCAAUCUCACUUCCCUCAAUCCCUCCGCUGCAAAUAUUUUGCAGUCGCAUUUGGCCAGUGUAUCAGUCAGUGCCGAUUCCAUACCGUCACUUCCUGACGAUUAUCUGUUUAUGGGAAAUGAGAGGGAAGAGUGGGAGAAAAAUUACUCGCUUGCAUUAGCGAAGGAGAGAAUUACCAGAGAGACGAACAUUAAGAGAAAACCUGUGCCUACUGACCUAGCAAUAGAAGAGGGACUACCGAAAUUUAAGUCUCAGGUUAGUGUGAAUUCUAUGCCAGGGGAGUUUCCUGAAGAAAGAGAAAAUAUUGUGCCGUUAAGACCGAGAUAUACACCUAUUUCUGAACUCGUCUCUACGCCUUCAUCUACGCCUGUAAUAUUGGAAGAGAACGAGAAAGAAAAGGAAAAGAGCAAGAGCUGGGGACUCGGCUGGUCAUAUUUCACAAGAGAUACGAGCACGACCACUAGUACUGCAACGGAACUGAACGAUAACGAGAAGUGCGUAACUCAAUCUGAUUCAGCGAUAUCGUUGGGUGUCCCCUCAAACCCCAGUACCGGACAUUCCACGUGCGGUACCUGCGCGCAUCCAAAGUCGAAAUCUUCCAACAACUUUAUAUCGCAGAGAAUAGGAAGACAAAGGAACGUAACACCGAGUAGUAGUAUAAUCGACGCUUCAAUGCGAUCCCCAUUAUCCACCAUGAGAACCGCCGAGUCUCCAGAAACAGCCAUCAAGCCCGAUGUUGCUUUAGUUCCAACCACCAUUCCUUCAUCACUGGAUCGAACAUCUCCCCGAAAACCUCCUAUUACUCAACCGUUACCAAUUGCAAUUCUGAACGAAAUGAUGAUAAGGAGACCUUCCGUUCCUGCUCCUUCUAGAAUGCCAGGAGGAUUCACGAAAGAAUAUAUUCAAUCACCUUCUGCGCAUGUCAUGCCUCUCAAACGGAAACCAGUGGAAAGCGACAAAAUUCUCAACCGUCCGCCCAAAUCAUGGAAAGAUGCUCUUCCCGUACGAGGUGGGAGUUUCGAAAUCGAGCGAAAACCACUUGCAUCAAGCAAAGAAAUCCCUUCCCAUAAAUCCAAGAAUCCUGCUUUGAAUUCCAAACCAAAACAAAAGGCCGCAGAACCUAGACCAUCAUUAAAAUCAUGGAAAGAUUCUCUACCUAUCCGAGGCGGAAGUUUUGACCCGCAAAGAUCCACAGCGAAUAUUCGAGAUGUAUUUCCCAAUAUCACACGAGGACCUCUUGAUCAAAAUCAUAAUCAUAACUACAAUCUCAAGCCUAUAUCCCCACUCACAACCACUAAGCCCGCACCUCUUGCACCCAAAAAGAAGACCGCGAGCCAAAAAGCCAUUCACACGCCCCACAAAUCACCCAAUACCGCCAUCGUCAUCAAAAAACGCAGCACAGAGAUGCAAGUUCCCGGCGCAUUUAUCGAGUAUUCCAUGUUAGAAAGAACGAAAGAACGGCCCACUAGUCGAGAGAUGAAGAUACCUGGUGCGUUUAUCGAAAGUGUUCCUUCGACUCCUGAAUUCGAGAAAAAUCAAGAAGAAGAAACGAUUGUUCAGAAAAAGCCACAAGGAGUAAGGCCGUUGAAAUUACGUCCGAAAGGAAAAGUUCCUGAGAAGGAGAAAGAGAAUCAGAAAGUAAAAGAGAAAGUAAAAGCCAAAGAGACAGAACCUAGAAAUCCAAAGCAAGCAAACAAAACCUCCGAGGUUGACGAACCAGAAACUCUUUACAAACCGGCACCUCUCGGACCUCACCCCUUCAAAAGAAGAUUAUUAGGAAGAGCGAAUGUUGAGACUGCGAAAGAUGGGAAUGAGGUGGAGACUGCACAGUUAUGGAAGGGGAUGGACUGGGCGAGGGUGGAACCGCUAAGAAAGCUGAGUUUGGGGGAGGUAUCGAGUGGCAUGGGAAAUUUGUGGGAUGAUUGA